UAUGUAGUAAAUUAGUAAGGAGAAAGAAAAUCAAAUUUAAUAAGCUAUGGAUUUAGAAAAAGAUGUAAUUAGCACAUUAGGCAAAGUUAGAUAAUACGAAGCAUCAAUAAAUUCACUUAAAAGAAACAUUUAAAAAUGCAAUAUAACUUUAAAAGAAUUAAGUAGUAUUGAUUAAUAGAAGACAUAUUUUCCUGUUGGAAGAUGGUAUAAAUUUUAUAUUUAGUUUAUAGUUUUAUUUUGAAACCAAAGGCAGAUAUUGUGAAUGAAGUUAAUGAAAAUAUCAUAUUUCAUGAGAAAGAUAUCAAUGAAUAUGAAAAAGUUAGAUAACAUUUAGUUACAAAAGGAAAAGAGAAAGAAUGUUAAUUGUAAGAAGCAAUGAAAUCAUUAAAAAUUUGAAA